AGUAACACUCUUUAUAGCUCCAUCACGCAUCGUCGUCCAUUUUUCCCAAGAAUCCCAAAGCGAGACGAAAAUUUGUAAAAUAAAAACAGCAGAAUCACCUACAGACAGUGCAUUUCAGUGGCCUUUGAAAUACUGCUCAAAACAACAAGCAAGCAAUACUACUACUUAAUAAUAUAAGAUUAACUAUAAAGAUUCCAUACAAGUUGGAUCCCUAAUGUGCGUGCGUAUGUGCCAGCGGAGUAGUGGCACAAUAAAAAAGUAAAUAAAGCGCGUGUGAAGUGGUGCAGAAAGCGAACAGCAAGAUAUAGCGGAAACAGUCAUCGCAGCGCCCAAACAAUUAACACGACGCCUCAACUCAUAGCGCAUCCCGAGUCCGACAUAGAUUUCGUGACAACAAUUAGCAAGUGACCGCUAUCGCUAUAUAUCUACCAGGACCGCUUCGCGGAGAAACAUAAUCAUAGCGAUGGCCUGUGCAACACUGAAACGCGCCCUCGACUGGGAGUCGAUGAACCAGCGCCCGCCGAAGCGCCGUCGCUGUAAUCCUUUCGGGCAGGCCGGGAACAGCGCCACUCCCGCGUCGCCAUCGCGUGACCCCAGCACCUCAGCCGGGCUGCCGCACACGCCGAGCAACCGAUUCGCCAAGGACACCACCGAGCCGAGUCCAUUCAGUGAGGCAUCUCUGGCCAAGAUGUCACCAGACAAAAUGGCCGAGAACUUGUGCAACGAGAUUAAGAGACUGCACAAGCGCAAACAGCUGCCGAUCACCGCGGCCGCCUUGGAGCGGAUGCAGGACUCGGAAUCGAGUGGAUCCGAGAUGGGACCCGAGAGCCCGCGGCGGCCGGACAGCCCACCGAACCUCAUGCGCCACGGCGAGAAGGCUCUGUUCACGUUCAAGCAGGUCCAGCUCAUUUGCGAGAGCAUGAUUAAGGAGCGCGAGAAUCAGCUGCGAGAGCGCUACGAGUCUGUGCUGACCACCAAGCUGGCCGAGCAGUACGAUGCCUUCGUCAAGUUCACAUAUGAUCAGAUACAGCGUCGCUACGAGGCAGCGCCUAGCUAUCUAUCGUAAGGCUGUGUGAGAAGCUUUCGAGCCUCACUAACCAGAAAUUAAUAAUUGCACUACGAUCUUAUGUGACGGUAGAUCUACCGCAACAGCAACAACAGCCCUCAUUUAAACUAAAAAAGGAAACAAAAACAACAAAUAAGGAAACUAAAAACAAGCAAAAACUACAAAAAAGAAGAAAAAAAAACUAAAGCAUACGACAUUGUGUUUAAUAUAUAUUUUGAAAUACAUGCAAAGGAAGCAGUUAUAGUUUACGCCUAGAAUUACAUACAUACAUUAUAUAUUGUAUCGGUUAGCAGCAGCAAAAAGGAUGAAUAAUUAAACCGCAAGCAGCAUCAAAAGAACAGAAGAAGGAAACCAACCAAUAAUCUUGUUAAAUUUAUGUUUUUCACAUAACGAAAAUUCUAAAUAAAAAUGACAAAUAUCUUAUAUAAAAGAACUAAAUAUAUGCACACAGAUACAUAUAAUAAUAA